GCCGUGCCCGCCAUGCCCCGAGGGCUGUGGCAUUACUGAUACCGCCGUCAGCCUCGAAGACAUCAAGCCGCGAGCCAUUCAGCACGCCGUCUUAGCGAGAAACCUCUCCCUCCCGCCGUUGGGGCAGCCGGUGCUAAGAGUUGUGUAUUUGUACUCGCGCCACGGAUAAGGCCUCUCUGCCACCAACUAGUUUACUACUUACAAUCUGCUAGUAGUCUUCUGCUGCAGACUCGAAACAGAAACCAUCUAACCUUUCGUGUCUUCCAAUCUUUAUCUGCGCCCAUGGUCCUCUCUGGCCAUCUGUGACAUACCGUCCAUGUCGACCAUCCUUCCAAUGUCCCUGUACUCUCGAUCCGGCGCACUCUCUCUACCAAUGCCGACACCCUUGACGUGUAUUUCGAGCCUGCGGUAACCCUGACCUCCCAAUCGUCAGCCAUGCCCCGACCCAAAAAGCCCGAGCCAGAUGGUAAAGAGGUGAAGAAGCGGUCCAGGAAUGGUUGCUGGUGGGUUUUGACAGUUGUUUGUUACCAAUAAGCAAGCAUAUGAGACUGACACAUCCUCAGGCCCUGCAAAUCUCGCAAGGUCAAAUGGUACCUCUCCCUCUCGACUCAUGACCGAGUAUACUGAUCGCUGACCCAAUGUCUACCACAGCGGAGAAGAGAAGCCGUCCUGCGUCAAUUGCCAAAGGCAAGGCGAAGUCUGUGACUAUAGUAUUCGCCUGAAUUGGGAUGGGCGCAGUAAGAAGAAGGAUGACGGAAAACAAGGAUCCCAAAUCAUGUCCUUUGACUCCUCGCCUGCGCAGUACAUUUCUCCACCACAACAUCAGCCUCAGUCUCAAUCUAACCAUCAGUUGCUCCCCCAAACCCGUCCCUCGAGUUCUCCCCCUGGACCGAUUCACUCCAACGGUUUUGCCAACAUCAAUGGCGCUCACGACCAGAGCCUGAGUCCUCACACCUCUCUGAAUGGACAACGAACACAUCUCGGCUACCGAAUCGAUCCGUUGGCGCCCGAUACGGGAUUGCCUCUUGCAAAUGACUUUAAAUCCAAUGGAAACAGUCAUGUCCCUCAUUUCAAUCCGACCAUCCUUCCUCCUCCACCCGUCCUGAGGACCCCCCAAUGGGGUGAAAGAACCACGACGAACAACAACCAAGAGCCACAACCAAUCCCACCUCUACGCCAGUCAUUAUCCUUGCCUGCCUACCCCUCUCCUUCAGAGUCGGGCUUUGGAAGCCCUGGAAUGGCAAACACCAUGUAUCAGUUUACUGGGACGAUGCAGAUGCCACCUCCAAUGCCGACCUCAAACCCCAACACCCACCAAGAGUCGACUCCCUCCCCGUACAAUGGGGCAAAAAGACUGAAGAUGAGUCCCAGAACAGACAGCUUCGGCAAAUCUUCUUACCCCAGGGCUGGCUCCUACGGACCCAACGAACCUGACGAGGCGCCCCGAGUCCAGUUCAACACGAGCAAUCCCACCUUCUUUCCAUCUUAUCUAAAUCUCAGCAAUCCACUGACGCCGGCCACAUCAGCCACAUCACAGAUCAGCCAGGACAACGAUGAUCGUCGGAUAUCUGUGAGUUCACUCUUGUCUGAGGAUCCUGAACCGGAUGAGGUCCAGCCACCAGUCCAAGCAGAAUACAAUGGCUACGUGGACGAGCCCAUACCUAGGCGGGGCUCUCUUCAUCAACGAAUGAUUUCUUACUCGGAGACCGAGACCUACGGCCAGGAUCGUGGAAAUGCUGACCUGGACGUGCCGAGGAACAACGACACCAUGGCCAUCUCUGGCAUGUCUCCGUCUGAGCACAGCGAGUUUGAAACAUGGCUGAAUGAUACUGACCUGGGCGUUCCUGAGUUUGGAUUUGGGUUGAGUAGUCGAGAGACAGCAUUCCAGGGAGGGGGGUAUUAUGCUGCUCCAGUCGCCAUCAAGAUCCCGCGCAAAUUGGAACCCUUACCACGUACCCUGUCGGAGAACCCGAUGAACUUGCUGUACUUUCACCACUUCUUGAACCAUACUGCCCGGAUUCUGGUGCCACACGACUGCCCCGAAAACCCAUUCAAGACCAUCCUACCAAAAAUGGCCAUGGAGAAUCCCAAUCUGCUGAAUCUGUUGUUGGCAUAUUCGGCAUGCCAUCGAGCUCGAUUGCUGGGCCACCCUGAACCCGUCAACAGAAUUGCCAUCUGGGUACGCGAUGUGUUCCCGUCGUUGAGGCAGACCUUGGACGAUGUGUCAAAUACGGAGGUUUCCAAUGCGAAUCUAGCGACAGCCAUCAUGCUCGCGUCGAUUGAAAUUAUCUCGCCUUCGACAUUUGGAGUGUCAGUCCCUUGGCAAAACCACCUUGGAAUGGCUCGAAGUAUCAUUCGGGCUCGUGGGGGUCCUAAUUCUAUUUCACGCAAAGACCCGGUCAUGUACUUUUUGACCAGGUGGCUGGCCUACCUUGACGUGCUGGGGUCGUUGUCGGGCCGCCGCAAUGAAGAGCCGCUAUUUGCUGGGAACUAUUGGUCGAGCUCUCACGAAGAGAGUACGUCGGCCAAGGAGCUCUCCUUGACCGAUGAAGACGAGGCUGAUGAUGACGACUUUACCAUUGAUUGCUUACUGGGGUUCACCACACGUUGUGUGUCUAUUUUGGCGCAAGUGGCACUGCUGGCGAGCGAAUGUGAAGCGGAGCGCAUCGACUAUCAAACCGGGCAAAUUAACGAGAGCUGGCGUCCUCCAGCCGAAGUGGCCAAAAGAGCGGCCAAACUGCGCAAAGACUUGGAACAUGCGCGAAACCAUGAACAAAUAUCAUGCCUGCACCACAGCCCUCAGCUCUCCAAGGCUACCAUAGCGAACUCGCGGCGAGGAUCAGCAUAUGCCGAUAUGUCCAAGACAGAGGCAGAAGAAUCACUAGCAACGAAUUCGGCAUUCCAUUGGGCGGGUAUGAUUCACCUGUUGCGGAGAGUGGACAACCUCCCGCGACAUGACAAGCGAGUUCAGACUGCAGUGCAUGAGAUUGUCAAGGUCUUACAGAUGAUCCGUGAGGGAGGAAGUGCGCAAGCCUGCCUCCUGUUCCCCAUGUUCACGGCUGGAGUGGAAGCCGAGGACGCUUUGGACCGCGCCGAGAUCUUGAGCAGGAUUCGAGGCGCGGAGGGACUGGGCAUGUGCCAAGUCAGUCGUGCCCGGAAGAUCAUGGAAGAGGUAUGGAGGACUGGUGUGAGCUGGGAAAGCCUGGUCACUGGUGAAUUCUUUGGCUAAGGUGGAGGUUUGUUUUGUUGUUGACAAUCAUGCAAGAUAUCAAUGAGCAAUGAACAAGGCCACGAGGGAGAUGUUUGUACUUGGACAUUAAUGACGACGAGGCUAUAUGUCGACAUUGAUUGAAAAUAUUGGUCACACAAUUGAUGGACAAAGAAAACCUUGUCAAUAAUAGGGAAUAAAUAGUAAAAAGAACACGAUGGGGAGGGUUGAGGCUGUUCCGGAGGUUCUCGGUGUCAGCUCUAGGGAGUUCAGGGAGCGAGGAGACUCCGAGGUACCUAGGUGCGCUUAUAAGUAUACCCUUAAGUGCAUGGCUAAGGGAUUCUCGGGGGCAUGGCGGCAUAUGCAAUAAUAAUGUACGCCACAGAUUCCUUCUCGUGACCACACGUGCCACAUAACCUUACAAUUUGUCGUUGCACUAAAAAGAUAUGCAUCGACCUCAAUAUGCAUUAUUAUUCUCGACGUCAGCACUAAGUACUCUACUACCUUUUGCUACACAAUAAAAGCUUCAACGUCCCCCAGUCCACAAGAAUCAUUCAGGAUCAAAUCUAUCCGAAC